CUUCUUUCAUACAUUACUGAUUAAGGACGUGUUCUCCCCGGGUUCCACGAGCUUCCUCAACCACCCAGACUUGCGACUACCCCCCGGCUAUCAACGGGACUGGAUGGGAAAUGGACCUUCAAAGAACCAAAGAGGCACGGCGGGACGCUCCCGGGAAGCAGGAGGACAGCACGGAGGGUCCUUUGGAACCAUAUGGAGGCAACGGCCACUCCAAAGAUUCCCCCAAGAACGACUCUCUAGAUCAUCGGGAUACGAAUAAAAACAAAGACCCGGCGCAGGUAAACCAGCAACGUCAGGGUCCUUUUGCCUGCGACCAUGAUAUUCACCAGGCUUCGCCGGAGGUUCAACAGCCCGCCUGCAGUAACACCCCCUCGCCUUCCUCACAAGCCAUGUGCAUUCCUCAGGAGCUGGGCCUCAGUGUGGAGGAAUAUAACUUAUUGCUCACGGCCAAGAGAUACCCCCCAGUCACCAAAAGCACCCUGAGCGAGCUCGAUUUGCCCUGUAUCAUGAGUAAUAUCAACCUUCGCAUGGAUGCGAACUUCGACCGCGAUCUCCAUUUCAAACCGGAUUUAGACGGUGAGAAAGGUCGGCGAAAAAGGCAGGAAGCUGCCGACUACUGGGAAGCCAUGGCUACCGAGAUUACUGUCUACGCAUUCUGUGCCGCUCGUCAGCCGCUCAUCCCAUGUGACAAUAUGUGGGCAGACCAGCAGCAAACCUUUGAGCCUCGACUACCGUCUAUGUUUGACACCUUGCAGGAUGUUCUGAAAACCCUCGUCCCGGAACGGGAUCACCCUAGUGUGAUGCAAAAUCUCGAGGUACCUUUGCUGAUGCAGCAAAUUCGGAAGGGUGUCCUUGAUAUGGUAGACGUGGCGAAUUGGCUUGCAGCAUUGCUCAAAACACACUGCGCCCCAAUGCGCGAUGAAUGGGCAGACCGUAUGGUUGAACAGAUCAGUUCAGGAUCACGAUCGCAGAAUUCCUUGGAGAUUGUUCGUGGUCUCCAAACUCUGUUUGCGAUAUUAGAGGCUAUGAAAUUGGACGUUGCAAACCAUCAAAUCCGCGCAUUCCGUGUUCUACUUAUAGAAGACACUAUACCAUUUCUUCAAGAGUAUUUUCGCAGCAAAGUCGAAAGGGAUAACUUCUGCGUGGAGUCGUCACGACUAUGGUACCAAGAACUACGUGAACGAGAUUUGAGCAGGAUGGAAAAGCCGAACAGCCUCCGACCCCUUGCGAUUUUGUUUGGCGGUUUAUCAGAUCUCCUGCUACAGUUCCAUACUCCGGAAAGUUUCCCAGAAACUUUUAUCUUCGACUCCGACCGCCUGUGGCAGUUGCGGGCAUGUCUUCAGAGCCUAAUCACCCUUGACAUCUGCUGGGAAGUCUUUCAACGCUGCGUUAAUCCGCUCAAACGAUAUCAUCCAGCUCAGGCACAAGCAUACGCUACCUUCCGGUCUCGCAUCGAGCCCUUGAUCGAUGAGGGUGAGGACUGCAGGCGACGAUCGCCUCAAUGGAUGAAAAAUAUACGGUGCAUUGCAUUGGAAAUCGCGCAUUCUGCGUGCAAGGUAUAUAAUUGCGAUAUAACCAUGGUCCCAGAUAGCGUCAUGACCCGUAUUGAAAAUCAGCUGGAAACCCAUCUGCUAGGCGAGUCAGAACUCUUCCAACAUUUCCAGAAUUUGUGGCGCGAAAACUUAAUGGCGGCCACCAUGAGCUUUGCACAACAGUACCUAACCAUGUCACCUCUGGCUAUCUGCGAGUCUCAACGAAGCCAUCCCCACUCGCCAGUAUCACAGCAACACUAUGGUAUUGAACGGAUUGCCAUGAGACUCGCGCAUAUGGGUGUCCUCCACUGGCGAGUCUGGGCACCUAUCCUCUACGUACGCGAAAGAGUGUCGCCCACCGACGUGGCGAUGAGCAAUCAUGACAUGGCAUGAUGCUCUGCGCGGAU